GGCUGCGAUGAGCCGGGAAUAGUGUCCGCUCAUGGCUCUCGGUCUCUGGCUGUUGACCGUGUGCUCGCUCCCGCGGCUGGCGGCCGAGCCCAGUUCCCGCUGGCAGGCAACCUCCACCCUCGCCUUCGUCUUCGAUGUGACCGGCUCUAUGUACGAUGACCUGCUGCAGGUCAUGGAGGGGGCGGCGAAAAUCCUGGAGAGCACCUUGGGCAGACCCGGCACCCCCGUGUCCAACUUCGCGCUGGUGCCUUUCCACGACCCAGAGAUUGGUCCGGUUACUGUCACCUCAGAUCCAAAGAAAUUCCAGAGGGAGCUCCGAGAUCUCUACGUGCAGGGUGGAGGUGACUGCCCCGAAAUGAGUCUCAGUGCUAUCAAACGAGCCCUUGAGGUAUCACUCCCUGGUUCUUUUAUCUACGUCUUCACUGAUGCCAGAGCAAAGGAUUACCAGCUUACCAAGGACGUACUGCAACUCAUCCAGUUGAAGCAGUCCCAGGUGGUGUUUGUGUUGACUGGAGACUGUGGGGACCGAGGGCACCCGGGGUACCGGGCAUUUGAAGAGGUAGCCUCGACCAGCUCAGGUCAGAUAUUCCACCUGGAUAAACAGCAAGUCAAUGAGGUGCUGAAAUGGGUCGAAGAAACCAUCCAGGUCUCUAAGGUCCACCUUCUGUCCACAAACCAUAAGGACAGGGAGGAGCAUGUCUGGCUGGUGCCCUUUGACCCAAGCCUGAAAGAAGUCACCAUUUCCCUCAGUGGACCUGCACCAGCCAUAGAAAUCCGGGACCCUUCAGGUCGGAUCCUACGGAGAGGAUUGGGUUUGAAUGAACUGCUGAGUAUUCCAAACUCGGCUAGAGUCGUCAACGUUCGGAGCCCACGGCCUGGAAUGUGGACGAUCAAGCUCCGCAGCACCGGGCGCCACUCUGUACGGAUCACAGGAGUCAGCAACAUCGAUUUCCGGGCUGGAUUUUCAACAAGACCCACCUUGGACUUCAGCAGAACAACUGAGCGCCCGAUUCAAGGCAUUGCCACCCACAUUCUGUUGAAUUGCUCUGGUCUGCAGCCUCCAGGAGAGCUAGAUCAGCUGGAGUUCCUCAGUGCCUCGGGGCAGUUGCUGAAGAGUUUGCCUGUCAGGGCCCACUCCAGCCGCACCACCAACGUGUGGAAAGUUCCGGAAAUCGUGCCGCCCAGCGAGAGCUUCUUCCUGAAGGUGAUGGGAUAUGAUAGGGAAGGCUACCGUUUUCAACGCCUGUCCAGUGUAUCCUAUACAAGCCUGGUACCCGAGCCUCCAAAAGUGAGCAUGCCUGGUCAAGUGCGCUCUUUCUACCAGCAAUCAGCAUCGAUCCCUUGCUCUGUGGAGAGUCCAAUUCCUUUCACCAUGCGGCUCAUCCGAAGAGGAACCAAAGUACAGCCUGACCGGCUGUUUGACGACACUGUGAACACUACAUGGGAAAUUCCCGCUGUUUCUGGAUCUGAUGAAGGGUUUUAUGACUGUGUGGCUAUCAGUAACUCAGGCACCGGCCUUGCUAGGACCUACUUGUCUGUUACUGAGCCACCUCCUAGUGUGGAGAUUCCUCAAAACGUCACCGCAUUCCCGGGGGAUCAGGUGGUCCUGACAUGCACUAUUCUUGGAAGCUUCCGAUAUAACAUUACCUGGAUGCGCGAUGGGAUCGAGCUGAAAACUGACAAUAAGCGAAUUAUUCCUUUGAGGAAUUCAUCUCUGGAAAUUCGGAACGUGCAGCCAGAGGACAUGGGCCGCUAUGAAUGUGUGGCGGUCAAUAUGUAUGGCUGGAGCCAAGCUUCGGUGUGGCUGUUCAUUCCCGAGGCCCCGCGUGUUUCGGUGAACCCCAGCGCACAGAGCUUCUCAAGGGGAGCGGAGGUCCACGUUGACUGUGUGGCAACAGCGGGCUAUCCCGAUCCUGGAGUGGCCUGGAUCCGUGAGGGUGCGUUCGUGAUGAGCAGUGACAGACUCUACAUCAGUGAACAUGGUACUUUGAUACUGAAAGACGCCGUUCCUGAGGAUGCAGGGAGCUACAUCUGCCUUGCAUCAAAUACGGUUGGAACAGCUCAGGAGGAAGUGACACUCAAGUACACAGAGACGCCCACGGUUUCCGCGCCGAAUCCGUUGGUUCUUGCUGUGGUCACUGAGGCGGCGUUGCUGGAGUGUCAAGCUACAGGGAUCCCUCAGCCCGAGGUCAAAUGGUACAAAGGUGAUUUGGAGAUGACUCUGGUGCCAUUUGCAAAAGUUGAUCUUCUCCAAGGAACAAUGAUGAUAAUGGACGUGCAGGACAUGGAUGCUGGGGUGUAUACCUGCGUAGCAACCAACGAAGCAGGCUCCUCCGCUGCUGUGGUGACAUUGGAUGUUGGAUCCGCCCCCCUGUUUUCAGAGGCUCCGUCGGACGUCUCCGUGGCUAUCGGUAAGAAUGUGACGUUGCCUUGCAGUGCAGAAGGCUACCCCACUCCACAGGUCACGUGGCAGAGACUUGAUGGACAGCCCAUCUUCACCAAAGCUGAUUCGAUGAGCUUCGUUACCCAGUUGGGUUCUGGCAGCUUGUUUAUUGAGAAUGUGUGGUUAGAUGACAAAGCCACGUAUGUUUGUGAGGCCAGGAACCAAUUUGGAGUGAUCCGUGGAGAAAUGACACUGACCAUCACCGGUCUUGUUGCCCCUGAACUGGCAGAAAGCGUCCCAGUCAUCAGUGUGCUGGAAGGCCGGUCGUUGACGUUGCCAUGUGUGAUCCUGGCAGGUAAUCCCUACCCCGAACGUUACUGGUUAAAAGACAGCCAGCUGUUGAGCUUGGACAGGCGCCUGUCAAUCCGAAGUGAUGGCAGCUUCCACAUUGAGAGGGCAGAGCAAGGAGACACUGGGAGAUAUGUGUGCACUAUCACAAAUAUUGUGGGAUCUGUUAACAAAACCAUCAUAGUGAGUGUCCACGUACUUCCGUCAAUCAAAGCUGGUCAUAACGUCCUCACCACGGAGGAGGAGGUGCCUGUGACUCUGCUCUGUGAAUCGAGUGGGGUUCCAAGACCAUCCAUUGUCUGGUCCAAGGAAGAGAAGCACUUGCAUCUACAAGGGCCACACUACCACACUGACGCUAAUGGAAGCCUCGUGAUUUCUGCUCCAUCACUGGAGGACUCCGGCGUCUAUGUCUGCACAGCUUCCAACGUUGAGGGGUUUGCCAGCAGAGAACUCCAGCUAUUUGUUCAUACCAAACCAAGGAUCGGUGGAAUGAGCCCAGCGGGUGCAGAUGGACCAAUUGACAUCAUUGGCACAGCUGGGACAGAGGUGACGUUGCCAUGUGAGGUUCAGGGCUCUCCGCCUCCCAUCAUCAGAUGGAAGAAAGACUCCCGACUGGUACCUGUCACGACAGCCAGGUACACAGUCUUGCCAUCGGGGUCACUCAGGAUCUGGGAUGCCAGGGUGUCUGACAGUGGUCUGUACCGAUGCUCUGCUAUCAACAGAGUUGGAAAUGCCUCACUGACAUUGCAACUCGUUAUUCAUGUUCCUCCCAAGAUCCAUCCUUCGCAUCAUCUCCUGAAAGCAGGGGUUGGUCAGUCAGUGGACCUUCCCUGUGUGGCACACGGUGACCCAACUCCAAAGAUCAGAUGGUACAGGAAUGGUGAAGCCCUGCUGCAGGGUGCCAGGGACUCCCUGGAUGGACCCGAUGGCUCGGUCAGCAUUGAAGACGUGGAGCUGUCUGACACCGGAGUAUAUCGUUGUGUUGCGACCAACAGCGUUGGACAUGAUGUGAUUGAUAUGACACUGUUAGUGUUGGAGCCGCCAUUUUUUGCUGAAGAUGACCCUUUUCAUGCUGAACAGGAACGACUGGCGAAGGAGAAGGUUAUUCUUGCCUGCCCAGCUGGAGGCACUCCUCCCCCAGUGAUACACUGGCUACAAAAUGGGCUGGAUGUGCUGGGUAAUGAACCAGGAGUUUCAAUACUCGAGGACGGCUCUCUUUUGAUUGAUUCAGUUUCGCCCCACAACAGUGGAGAUUACAUGUGUAUUGCAACUAACGAGGCUGGCUCGUCCAAAAGAAAAUAUCGAUUGCAAAUCCGAGUUCCCCCCGAGAUUCGGAAUAACUACCAUAUACAGAAUAUCACUGCACUGAUUAAUCAACCGUCGACUUUGGAGUGUGAUACCACUGGCACCCCACCUCCCACUAUCAGUUGGUACAAGAACGAGCGACCGGUUGCAGGAACCAGCAGAGUCCGACUCCUGAACGGCGGCCGCAUGCUGCGACUCCCGAAAGCCCGCAAAGAGGAUGCUGGAAUGUACUCUUGCAAGGCCGUCAAUGUCGCUGGCACCGCUGAUAAACAUUUCAAUGUAGUGGUGCAGGUGCCUCCCAUGAUCUUCCGGUCUGGAAUUACUCAGGAACUGGCUGUUUUGGUGAACGCUGAGUUGGAGCUCAAAUGCCGCACCAAUGGAAUUCCUUUCCCGCUCAUUCGAUGGAGUAAGGAUGGCCAGGGCUUGUCUCAGGACACCGGUCACGUGGAGUUGACAGAAGAGGGGCAGAUACUACGGAUUCGGUCAGCUCAGCUAAUGGACCAGGGCCUCUAUCAGUGUACUGCCCAUAAUUCAGCUGGGCAGCAGAGCAAGCACUUCAAAGUUGACGUCCAUGUUCCUCCAACAAUCCGAGGAGCCAAUGCUACCAAAGAGGUGAAUGUUCACCUGAACAGCCGCAUCAGUCUGGAGUGCGAUUCUCACGGUGUUCCAGCUCCUGGGAUAACAUGGCUGAAGGAUAAUCGUCCCAUUGUAUCCAGCCCCAAAAUGACAUAUGUGGAGAGGGGUCGGCUGCUGCAGGUUAACAAGGCUCAGGCAUCUGAUGCAGGAUGGUAUACAUGUCGGGCCAGGAACAUUGCAGGGAACGUCAAGAAGUUAUACAAAGUGCAGGUUUACCUUCCACCCAGCUUUGAUGAGAACUCGGGCCAUCCUUCAGAGACAAAAGUUGUCAUUGGUCAUUCGUUGAUCCUGAAGUGUUCUCCAAGUGGUUACCCACCUCCUGAUCUCUCAUGGCUCAAAGAUGGCGCCCUGCUGAUAGGCAAUGACAGAAUUCAGUUAUUGGCCGGAGGGAAGACCCUUAAGAUUAAGAAUGCUGGAGCGAGUGACGCUGGCACCUAUGUAUGUAUAGCUCGCAAUGCUGCGGGAGAGCAACAACUUCGCUACACCGUGGACAUCUUAGUCCCCCCUCAACUACUGAUUGGAGAGUCUUCUGAUGUGACCGUGACCAUUGAUAACCCACUGGAGCUGUCUUGUCAAGCAACUGGUCACCCACCACCAAAAAUAAUGUGGCUGAGGAACAAUGUUCCACUUACUGAGCUGGACAGCGCUUGGGUGUCGUCUGACCAGAGCAGACUCUUUAUUGGCCGCACGAGACUGAUGGAUGAGGGCCACUAUGUCUGUCUAGCCAAAAAUGAGGCAGGCGAAGAGAGAGGAGAGUUUGAGGUCACAGUCCACGUCCCCCCAGUGGUGAGGAUUUUGGGAGCCGAGAGUUUGUCCAUCAUGACUGGUCAGUCUGUUACACUGGAGUGUGCUGUUACUGGAACCCCAACACCUUUGAUGACGUGGCUGAAGGAUGGACAGGUGCUCACCAGAACAAAUGGGAGCGUUAAGAUCGACGGAGCAACUCAGAGAGAUGGUGGCAAUUAUUCCUGUGUAGCUACCAACGAGGCAGGUGAAUCUGAACAGGCUGUCAAAGUAAUUGUGUAUGAGUUUCCUGUUAUAGACACUUCUGUCGAUACCAACAAAACUGCAACUGUGAACCACUCAGUAUCCUUCGACUGCGUUGCCACGGGAACUCCACCCCCUGUGUUGACUUGGCUGAAGGGGAACCAGUUGAUCACAAAUAUGGCUGGUGUCAGUGUGCUGGAGGAGGGGAGAACUCUACAGAUACACAGUGCCCAGGUGUCGGACAGAGGACUGUAUCGCUGUGUGGCAUCCAGUAUGGGUGGCAGUACAGAACUGCAAUACACCUUACAGGUUUAUGUCCCGCCAAUGAUCUCAACGGUUUUGGACAAGGUUACUGCCCUUCUGAACCAGCCUAUAGAACUUCAGUGUGAGGCUGCAGGAAUUCCUGCCCCCAAAGUGACAUGGCUAAAAGAUAAAACUCCGCUCUUUAUGAUGAGUGAAAGGCUAAAGUUCUUUAUGAAUGGUCAGGUUCUGUCCUUUGCCAGUGCCCACUCCUCUGAUUCAGGAACAUAUACCUGCGUUGCUGUGAGUUCUGCCGGAGAGGACCAAAAGGAUAUCCACCUGCAAGUUUAUCUUCCACCGAGCAUUCUGGGAGAGGAACAGAAUGUGUCGGUGACUUUGAAUGGUUCGGUGAGCUUGGAGUGCCAGAGUCAAGCAUUCCCUCCUCCCACUCUCACCUGGACGAAGGAUGGGCGGCCUCUGCCAAGGCAUGCUGGUCUCGUGCUCAAUGAAAAUGGCAGUCUCGUUGAGAUCAAGAGGGCCCAAGUUCAAGAUGCUGGCCGCUACACCUGCAAAGCUUCAAACGAUGCUGGAGACACGGAGAAGAGCUAUUACUUGAAUGUGUGGGUGCCUCCAUCAUUUCAUGGAUCAACCGAUCGAACACCUGUGACAGUAAUCGAGGGAAACUCCUUGAGUUUAUUUUGUGAAUGCAGUGGGAUUCCCUCUCCUGUUCUUCAGUGGAUGAAGAAUGGGAUUCCCCUCUCUUCAGACAACGAUGGGCACAUUAGCGUUUAUUCAGGGAGGCAGAUGCUGCAUAUAUCGAACACCCAAAUAUCCGACAGUGGAAACUACACGUGUGUGGGUACCAAUCUGGCUGGGACAAGCACAAAGGACUACAGCGUGGAAGUUUAUGCAAUACCGAGGAUCAAGGACAGUGGUAGGCAGCCAGCAGAAAUCGCCGCUACCAGGGGAGGCGCGGUCACUUUGAACUGCGAUGCACGUGGCGUUCCUCGGCCAGCGCUGACGUGGCUGAAGGACGGGCGGCCCGUGGGGAGCUGGCAAGGCAUCCAAGUGGAGAAGGGGGGCCAGACCCUGAACAUUCCAGAGGCGCAGGAGCACCACACGGGGCGAUACACCUGCCUAGCCGUGAAUGCAGCGGGACAGUCAAACAGGAAGUUUGAUUUGACUGUUCUUGUCCCUCCAGUUAUCGUCGGGGAGUCGGGAUCUCUGGAAAAUGUCAGCACACUCCUCAGCAGCUCCAUCACUCUGAUCUGUGAGGCCACAGGCUUCCCACCACCGACCUUUAGCUGGUCCAGAAAUGGAUCACCUGUGGUUCCCAACAGUAGGAUGCAAGUGCUCUCUGGUGGACAGACCCUCAAACUGACCCGUGUGCUUGAGGGAGAUGCUGGCCACUAUGGCUGUGUGGUCAAUAACACCGCAGGGGAAGCCAAGAAGAGUUUUCACCUUGAUGUACUGAGUCCUCCCAGCAUUCUAAGUGAAGACCUGGUGAAGAAGAUUCAUAUCAAAGAAGGGGAGAACGCCAACCUGACCUGCCUGAGCACAGGCAAUCCAAAACCACACAUUACUUGGUGGAAAAAUGGCCAUGUCCUGAACGCCAGCGCAGGUUAUCGCGUUUCUUCAGAUGGAUCCCUGCUGGAAAUCCUGGAUGCCAGCCUGUCACACACGGGACAGUAUGCCUGCCUAGCAACUAACUCUGUUGGGGACAAAUCUAAAAACUACCAUCUCAGUGUUUUUGUUGCUCCCAGAAUACCCAGUGUCGGUGAAGAUGGUGCCCCAGAGGAUGUUGUCGUAAUCGUGAAUAAUCCCACCUCGUUGGUGUGUGAGGCCGUGGCCUAUCCAAGUCCAACCAUCACCUGGCUGAAGGAUGGGGUUCCCUUCAAGGCUUCAAGAAACAUGCACCUGUUACCAGGAGGUCGGGGGCUGCAUAUUCUGAAUGUCCAAGAAGAAAACGCUGGUCGCUACAGCUGUGUUGUGACCAAUGUGGCCGGUGAGGCCGUGAAGGACUACGAGCUCAAGGUCUUCGUUCCUCCACAGAUUGUGAAGGACGAUCAGGCAGUGGGAAGUUUUCGUGUAACUGAGGUCAAGACCAAGGUGAAUACUUCACUCACCCUGGCAUGUGAAUCCUCGGCUGUGCCAUAUCCUUCUGUUCACUGGUACAAGGACGGUCAGUUGUUGUCAGGGAGUGAACAUCUUCAAAUUCUUGAUGAAGGUCACACUCUGCAAAUCAAGCACACAAAGGUGUCAGAUACAGGCCGUUACACCUGCGUGGCCACAAAUAUUGCGGGAGAAGAUGAGAAGGACUUUCAUGUCAACAUUCAAGUGCCUCCCAUCUUCCAGAAGGUCCAUGGAGUGAACGCUGCCUGGGAGGUGAUAUUUCAGGAAGACGGCAUUGAGGAUAUUGUGGAACGCCGGGAAGUGAUUGUGAAUAGUCCAGUUUCUCUUUACUGUGAGACGAAUGCCAUCCCACCACCAAAGCUCUCCUGGUACAAGGAUGGUAAUGCUCUCACUGCCACAGAUGAUAUCAUAAUUCUUCCAGGAAGCCAUAUUCUGCAGAUCCCCAGGAUGCGAGUUGAUGAUGCUGGGAGGUAUACCUGCCAAGCUGUCAAUGAAGUUGGAGAGGACCAGCUCCACUAUGAGCUCAUCGUCCUGGUCCCUCCGGUCAUUCGUGCCGAAGGAGAGGAGUUUGGAGAGGAACUUGCACUGAUUCUAAAUGAAACAACUCAACUGCAUUGUGAGGCAAGUGGGAAUCCAGAACCUUCCAUUUCCUGGCUCAGAGAUGGCCAGCCCAUUACUGCAGAUAACAGGCGUCAGCUCCUGGAUGGUGGCAAGAUUCUCCAGAUUGAGUCCGUGCAGUUAUCUGACGCAGGUGGUUAUCUGUGCGUUGCUGAAAACCCAGCUGGAACCACAGAGAGGCUUUCCAGCCUCCGUGUUCAAGUGCCUCCAAGAGUACUUGGCCCCAACCCAGAGAACAUAAAUGUUGUGGUGAACAAUCCCAUUUGGUUAACGUGUGAAUCCCGAGGAGUUCCUGCGGCAGACGUCUCAUGGUACAAAAACGGGCUCCAGCUGCAUGUCAGCAGUGACAUCAUCUUUCUCCCAGGCGGCCACGUCCUUCAGAUUCCCAGAGCAAAGACUGAACAUGGUGGCAAAUACACCUGCGUUGCUGCCAAUGCCGCAGGCAGUGAUGAGAAACAUAUCCACCUCCAUGUAAAUACCCCGCCCACCAUUAAACACAAUGGUGAUCGUUACUCAGAAGCCAUCACAGUACGUGUUGGGGAGACGGUCACCCUCCGAUGUGAGUCAGAUGCUGUUCCAGUUCCUACAGUCCUGUGGUAUAAAAAUGACCACCAGCUGCCCCUGGGAAAUGGUGCCCGCAUCCUCUCUGAGGGGCAAGUACUCCAAAUUGAGGAUGUUCAGGUUGCCGAUUCUGGACAAUACACGUGUAAAGUCACCAACUUGGCCGGACAUAUGAAAAGGAGCUUCAAGCUGAAUGUGCACUCCCCGCCAACAUUUGAAGAGCCCCUGCAGGAGGUUGUUAUUCAGACGGCUGGCAGUGCCCUUGUACUUUCAUGCCAUGCCUCAGGAAUUCCAGCACCCACCGUCACGUGGCAGAAAGAUGGGGAUUCAGUAGAGAGCCACAGCAAACUGGACUGGCACGUACUGUCUGGUGGCAGCAGACUGCAGACCAUCCAGUUACACCCGUACCAUGGUGGAAAUUACACCUGCUUGGCAAGGAAUUCUGAGGGAGAAGUGCGCAGACAUUAUACAGUGGUUGUUCAAGUGUCACCAAGUAUCCUCAGCUCAGAAGUGCCCAGUGAGUACAAUGCCGUGGUGAACGAAGACGUGAAUUUAGAAUGUGUGGCUUCAGGAAAACCAAAACCUAUUCUAAAAUGGCUGAAAGAUGGCCAAUCGUUGGAAGCAGUGGGAAAAAUACACAUUAAGUCGACUUCGGAUGGAAGCUCCUUAGCAAUAAAGGGCGUUUCAGCCUCAGAUGCAGGAAGAUACACUUGUGUGGCUCAGAACCCUGCCGGCGAGGAGACAAAAUUGUUCAUACUCAAGGUGCUUGUGCCUCCAAACAUCAGCGGAAUCUCUGGCCUUCCCGAGGUCCUCACAGCGGCGCCGAACGCAGCCGUUACGCUGGAAUGCCGCGCCGCCGGCGUCCCACCCCCACAGCUCAGCUGGUUGAAGGAUGGCCUGCCCCUGCCAAUCUCGUCCCACAUGAGGCUGCAGUCAGCUGGCCAGAUCCUGAGGAUUGCCAAGGUACAGGUUUCUGACACAGGAAGCUACACGUGUGUCGCUGUGAGCCAGGCAGGUGUAACGGAGCAUCAUUAUCACCUGCGUGUUCAAGUUCCUCCAAGAGUUGAAAAUUCCGGUGAUGUGGAAGAAGUACUGGCCAUCCGUGGGACGUCUGUUAGUCUCACCUGCGAAGCCAGUGGGAUCCCACCCCCAAGCUUCUCGUGGCUGAAGGAUGGUGAACUGCUGGCGCUGAAUGACCUGGUUACUGAGAGUCACCAGAUGAGGUUUGAGCUGCCCUCCGUCAGUCUGAGUGACUCUGGCUGGUAUUCCUGCAUUGUUGUGAAUGAGGCAGGCGAGGCUACCAAACUCUUCAACUUGGUGGUCAUGGAACCUCCACACAUUUCUCGCUCAGAAAUGCCACAGGAAGUAUCCGUGGUUUUAAAUGAUCCUCUGGAGCUGAUGUGCAUGGCAACAGGAAUCCCUCUUCCUGACAUAAGAUGGCUGAAGGAUGGAGCACCACUCAGUGGAUUUGGCCUAGUGCUAAGUGAUGGAAAGGUCCUCAGAAUAGCAAGUGUACAGGUAGAAGAUGCUGGUCUUUAUACGUGUGUGGCGACAAGUCCUGCUGGGGACGAUCAGCAGCACCAUUUAGUGAAGAUAAGCGUUCCCCCAAACAUGUCGGGUUCCAGUCAUCCUCAGAUAAUCACUCUGAUGGCUGAGAAAGAGCUGAGACUGGAAUGCAAAUCUCAAGCUGUUCCACCCCCCUCUGUCCAGUGGUUCAAGGAUGACAUUCCACUGCAGGUGAAUUCCCGUAUUCAGAAUGUGCCAGAUAGUCAGUACUUACUGAUCAGCAACGUUGGCCCCUCGGACAUGGGCAGGUACAGGUGCCUCGUCAGCAACAUUGCAGGAGAAAUGAGCCGUGUCUUCAACGUUGUUAUUCACGUUACUCCAUCGAUCAAGACCGGCUCCCCAUCCGUCUCCGUCGUCAUCAACCAGCCGGCCGUGCUGGAGUGUGAAGUCCAUGGACACCCAAAGCCAACAGUCACUUGGAGAAAGGACGGCACUCUGCUGAGUCCAGACAACCCCAGGUUUGACUUUCUCCCUGACGGCUCACUACGGAUCCGCUCGGCUGAAGUUUUUGACGCCGGCCACUAUCUUUGCUCAGCAUCCAGUGUAGCCGGCACAGAUCAUCACUGGAUCGAACUGCACGUCUUAGGUGCACCCAUAAUCCGCCCUAUGCCAAGUAAUAUCACAGCCAUUGCCAACACGCAGGCGGAGGUGAACUGUGAGGUUACAGGGAGCCCUAAGCCAGAAGUGACCUGGAAGAAAGAUGGUAAACGAUUGAAUUUUGACCUGCAGCAGAACAUGUACAGGUUGUUGCCAUCAGGCUCCCUGGUGUUCAUCUCUGCCACCACUGAAGAUACAGCGCUGUAUGAGUGCACGGCUUCCAACGAGGUCGGCGAGGCCCACAGGCUCAUUCAGUUCACUGUGCACGUCCCACCAUCAAUUGCAGAUGAUUCUCCAGAUAUCACUGUCACUAAAAUGUCCCCAGUGGUGCUAACGUGUCAUGUGACUGGAAUCCCUGCACCUUCAGUGACUUGGAUAAAGGAUGGAGCCCGACUGGGGAACCGAGGGCCAGGAUACAAAGUGCUGCCGACAGGAAUGCUGGAGAUUGCCUCAGCAACACUGAGCCACGCUGGCAACUACAUGUGCACGGCUCGGAACAUGGUGGGAACAGCACAUAAACACGUAACCCUCACAGUGCAAGAACCUCCUGCUAUCAAGCCCCUACCUGCCACCCUUGAAGUUGUAGUGAACAAUGGUAUUAUGCUUCCCUGUGAGUCGACAGGUACGCCAAGACCCAGCGUUACAUGGCAGAAGGAUGGCAUCACCGUCUCAAGCAAAGGACGUUUCUUGUUGGCCAAUGGAGCUCUGGAUAUCAUGAGGGUGACAGAAGAGGAUUCUGGGAACUACAUGUGUAUUGCCCAGAAUGCAGCUGGCACAGCCCUGGGUAAAACCAAGCUGGUGGUGCAAGUGCCCCCGGAUAUCAAAGCCAGCAGCAGAGAAUAUAAAGCCACCGUUCAUCACUCUGCCAUGUUACCCUGUGAGGCAGCAGGCCACCCUAAACCAGAGAUAACCUGGGUCAAGGAUGGCCGCCCGGUCAGUGACCACGCGUACCUGCAGAUCUUUGCCAACGGCUCUCUGCACAUUCCACAGGUCGCGCUUCCUGACGCGGGCUGGUACACGUGUGUGGCCCAGAACAAAGCCGGUGUGGUCACUGUGGACAGGACUCUGGUGGUGCAAGUUCCACCGUUGAUUCUGAUUGGCCAGUCAGAGCUCUCGGUGCUGGAAGAUUCACAGGUCCUCUUGCCCUGCACUGCCCAGGGAUCGCCUGCACCCAUGGUCUAUUGGGAGAAGGAUGGUGCUGCCGUGCCGGAUGUCCCGGGGAAAUUCACCGUCCUGCAGUCUGGAGAAUUGAUAGUGGAAAAUGCAAUGCCAGAGGAUGUGGGUGUCUAUACCUGUACAGCAGUCAACCCUGUCGGCAAGGACAGCCAUCACAUUCGCCUGUCUGUGAACGUUCAGCCAGCAUUCACCGAGCUCCCUGCUGACCUCUCUCUCCACAAGGGUGAAAGGCUGCUAUUGACGUGUGCAGCGAAGGGGCUGCCAGCUCCCUCCAUCAGCUGGACAUUCAAUAACAAGCCCAUUACAGCUUCACAGACUGAAGGCCUGAGUGAACUGAUGAUAGAAAGGGUUUCCAAAGAAGAUUCUGGAACUUACGUGUGCACAGCAGAGAAUGCUGUGGGGGUGAUUAGAGCCAUUGGAUUUGUCUACGUGAAAGAGGCACCGGUUCUCCUGGGAGAGGUCAGCGCCUACCAGAUGGAACCGCUGGGGGGGAAUGUCAUAUUGACCUGCGAUGCCCGCGGAGAUCCAGUACCGUCAAUCAACUGGAAUAAAAACGGCAGCCCCUUGACCAUCAGUAAUCGUAUUCGGCAAAUGAACAAUGGUUCCUUGGCAAUCUACAGGACUGUGAAUGAAGAUGCGGGUGAUUACAAGUGUGUCGCAAAGAACGAAGCCGGGGUUGUUGAGCGGAAGGUGACCCUGAUGCUGCAAAGUGCCCCUGUGUUUACCCUGAAACCCUUGGACACGGUGGCGGGGGUCGGCGACAGAGUUCUCCUGCACUGCCAGGCAGCCGGUGAGCCACCACCGGUGGUGGAGUGGACCCACAAUGGACAGCCGGUCAGGGAGAACCAGCGGCUGGUGGUGCUCCCAAACUCAACCCUGCAGAUCCUCUCGGCCGAGAGGGGAGACACGGGAGAGUACGAAUGCGUGGCGCAGAAUCUCAUGGGUUAUGCCUUUGUCAGAGUAACUCUAACUGUGCAAGUGCAUGGAGGGUUCUCCGAGUGGUUAGACUGGGGGCCGUGCAGUGUCACCUGCGGCAGAGGUGUAGAAGAGCGAAUCCGACUGUGUAACAACCCCUCACCUGCCAAUGGAGGGAGAUCAUGCCAUGGAGUGGAUGUUGAGUCAAGACAAUGUAACGCAGAUCCUUGUCAAGUGAAUGGGAGCUGGGCUUCCUGGAGCUCCUGGAGCCCGUGCAGUAGGACCUGUGGGGGCGGGCAGAGCAAGCGCUACCGAUCGUGCAGCAACCCACCUCCGGCCUGGGGCGGCAAGGCUUGCUCAGGGCCCGAUGUACAGAUGCAGAGAUGUGGCAUGGAACUGUGCCCAGUGAAUGGAGCGUGGAGUCCCUGGCAGCAAUGGAGUGAGUGCUCAGCCUCCUGCGGAGGGGGCAAGCAACUGAGGCAACGGCGAUGCAACAGUCCUCCGCCGAAUGCCAAGGGAAGACCCUGUCCCGGAGAGAGCGCUGAGUCUGUCAGCUGCGGCCUGCGUUCAUGCCCAGGUGUUCCAGGAAGGGCCAGAGGCAGCCUGAUUGGCAUCGUCAAUGACAAGGAAUUCGGGGUGGCAUUCCUCGAUGCCAAUGUGACGGAAAACUCAGCCACGGGCAUCACCAGUGUUCAGGCAAGCAUCCAGAACUUGCCCAGCACUAUCGGCCCUCUCAUAAGGGUGCUGACCUCCACUUUCACCCCGGUCUACUGGUCGGUAGCCAGCCCAGCGUCAGGGACCACGAACGGAUUCUCACUGACAAAGGGGGCUUUCAGGCAGGAGUCACAAGUGGAGUUUGCGACAGGCGAAACCCUCCGAAUGACCCACAUUGCGCGCGGCGUCGAUGCAGAGGGAGUGCUCCUGUUCGACAUUGUGAUCAAUGGUAACAUCCCCAGGAUCCUCACGAGUGCAGACAUUGCUGUGAAGGAUUUCAGUGAAAGUUACGUACAGAUGGGUCCUGGGCAGCUGUAUGGAUGGUCAACCCAAAUGUUCAUUCAGGAUGGCUCACCUAUUUCCCUUAAGUGUAACCACACCGUUGUAUAUGAAUCUACUCUGGGUCGCCAGCCUUCUGUCUUACAGAUUCUGAAGGCUGAGUAUAUUUCCAUCUACUAUUCUGAGGAAACAGAGGCGUUGAGGUUCCACAUCACAACCUCCUUCAGGAAAGAUUCCAAAGGAGAUCAGUGUCCCAAGGGAUUUUUACUUGACUCAGCCUUGUACUGUGCAGAUGUGAAUGAGUGCCAGCUUGGCACCCACAUGUGUCACGUUGGCCAGGACUGUCAGAAUGAGGUGGGCUCCCACCGCUGCCUGCUGCGUUGUGGAUCCGGUUUCAGGCGGUCUGUAAGAGGACCGGGUUGUGAAGAUGUUGAUGAAUGCAAGGAGUCGGGCAGCCCUCCUUGUCAUCAGCGGUGCCUCAAUGCCAUUGGUACCUACUGGUGUGCGUGUGAGGCUGGUUACCAGCUCUUGGGGCAGCGUUGUGUCGAUAUCAAUGAAUGCAACAUGAAUGUCUGCCACCCAGACCAGGAUUGCCAAAACACUGAGGGAGGGUACCACUGCACCGAGAGCUGUCCUCGCGGCACCAUCCGGCUACCCAGUGGAACCUGUGGAGACGUUGACGAGUGCAAAGGAGGGACCCACAUGUGCCGCUACAACCAGAAGUGUGAGAACACGGUGGGCAGUUACCGCUGCAGUUGCCCUCGGGGCUACCGAUCGCAGGGCGUGGGAAGACCAUGUCUGGAUGUGGACGAAUGCCAGCAAGCGCCAAAGCCCUGCAGCUACCAGUGCCGAAACCUGGCUGGGAGCUACAAGUGCCUGUGUCCUCGCGGGAAGCAACUGCUGGCCGACGGCAGGUCUUGCGUCGGACUGGAAAGGCUGAAGUUGGGCAAUAGCACAGUUCCAGGCUUCAGGCCCCAGCUGGUCUCCAUUGGACAGUUCAGCCACGUCCAGCAGACCGGCCAGAGCCAGGUCAACCCCUUCUACACCUGGCUGAGAGAGUUCACCAUGCACGACAACAGGAAGCUGUGUCCCUCUGGAUACAGAGAGCGAAAUGGGGCCUGUGCUGAUAUCAAUGAGUGUCAGAUGUGGAACUUGUGCCAACAUAACUGCAGGAACACCCAGGGCAGCUACCAGUGCCUGUGUCCCCCUGGCUAUCGACUGCUGCCCAAUGGUAGAAUCUGCCAGGAUAUCGACGAAUGCCGAGAGCAGAACAUUAAGUGCGGUCUGAACCAGAUGUGUUUCAACAUGAGAGGCAGCCAUCAGUGCAUUGAUACCCCGUGUCCUGCCAGCUAUCGCAGGGGAGCCAGCCCAGGGACCUGUUUCCGGCGCUGCCUGCUGAACUGUGCGACGGGACCCCUGGUCCUCCAGUACAAGCUGCUGACCCUCCCCAGCGGGAUCCCCGCCCAGCACGACGUGGUCCGGCUGACAGCCUUCUCGGAGCGCGGCGUCCUGCAGAGCCGGGCCAACUUCACCGCCAUCGAGCUGGACCCGGGAAGCCCCUUCUCCAUCCGCACAGAGGGGGGGCGCGGAAUCGUGCAGACGCUGCGCCGGCUGGUGGAGCCCGGCGUGUUCAGGCUGAAGGUGCGGGCCACUACCUACAGCGAGCUCGGGGCCACCAAGCAUCAGAGUAUCUUCAUCAUCUUCAUCGCUGUCUCUCCCUACCCUUACUGAGGGCUGCCGCCCACGCGUAGGCAAGAAGCCUGUUUGGGAAAAGUCAAGCUGCCCCUUCCUACCUUCUGGAAAAAGAGACUAGAUUAAUGGUUUUAUUUUUUAGUUUGGAAGUGCCUGGUUUCCCCUCACAGCAGACACUCAACGGGCCGUCAGUGUUCAGAGCUUUUCUCGAUAUGCGAGAUCGUUGCAGAAACCCAGAGCUUUCUCAUUUUGCCUUACACUGUGGGGUGAAACAGUAGCGUAGCAGCGCGACAGUAUACGGCGGUAGCUGGAAGAUCAGGGUUCAAUUCCCGCUGCUGACUGUAAGGGGUUUCACGUUCUCUCUGUGUCCGCCUGGGUUUCCACUGGGUGCUCCAGUUUCCUUAGAGAAGAUUAAAGGUAAGUUUUAAUUGCACAUGCACAUCAAGACCAAUGUGCAAUCCAUCGUUUUGCAUCAGAUCAAAUCAGCAUGGCAAGUGUCGCCGUGCUUCCGGCGCAGAUGCAACCUGCCCACAACUCACUAACCCUAACUCCUACCACUAGAGUGUAGGGGCAAUCAGAGCACCUGGAGGAAACAUAGAUUCUCCCAGACAGCCGGAGGCUUUUUCCCAGGGUGGAAAUGGCUAAUGGGCGGGGGCUUAAUUUUCAGGUGAUUGGAGGAAAGUACUGGGCAGAUAUCAGAGGUAAGUUCUUUACACAGGGGGUGGUGUGCAUGGAAAGCACUGAUGGGGUGGUGGUAGAGGCUGACACAUUAGGGACAUUUAGGAGAAUCUUAGACAGGUACAUGGAUGAUAGAAAAAAGGAGAGAUUGUGGGAGGGAAGGUUUAGACUGAUAUUUUAGAAGGUUAAAAGGAAUGCAAAAUACUUGUCAAAGGUCACUACAGCUCAGAAAUAGGCCCUUCAGCCCAUCUAGUCUGUGCCAAACUACUACUCUGCCUAGUUCCAACGCCUCCCUCUUGGCUUUCUCUCUGCAUACCUCAUCUCUUCCACUUUGGGAAAGUAACCAAUGGGUUCAAUUGCUUUAUGGAGGUUUUGGAGGGUCCACAACUUCACCAGGACAUUUCUGGUAUUCUGUAAUGUCCAGUCCCACCACUGAUCCACACUUGGAGUGUGCUGAGGAGCUAACCUGAGAAAACUGCGUGUGAGCAGCUCUCCUCCCUCCAAAGCCACCAUCUCCUCCCUCCAAAGCCACCAUCUCCUCCCUCCAAAGCCACCAUCCCCUCCCUCCAAACCCAUGAUUAAGAUUGAAGAUUAGCUUCGUUUGUCACGUACAGUGAAAUUCCUUGCUUGCAUCAACAACCAACAGGGCGAGGAUGUGCUGGGGGGCAGCCCGCAAGUGUCAGUCAGCAUGCUUCCGGCAUCACCAUAGCGGGCCCACAUGGGAGGAAUCCUACGCGGUCACGGGGGAAACGCACAGACUCCUUACAGAGCGUGCUGGAAAUUGAAACCCAACCAUCGGCUCUGUAAAGUGGAGAUCGGAUGGUUCAAACAAUGACAGAGCACAGUUGGGUGCCAAUACUAGCCCUUCAAAUUGGCAAAAAUGUCCCCAAAUCUCCAAAUGUUUUCCUCUCGCUCAUUUAAGUUCCCUUUUUGAAGUGAUCGACUGAAUUCCAAGAUCCCAUUUCAUGUUACAAUUUAAAAUAUCAUCCUCGGGUGUGUUUUCAGACUAACCCUGUCUCUUCUGGGCAGUCUUUGCAGAGCAACACAUAGCUUACGUGUCGCAAAACACCUCACAAAGGGUCUACCAGAGAAAGCCUGACGCUAACCCAUCAGGAUAACAAGAGCAAAAACUUGCUUAAAGAAAUAGGCAUUGUGAUGCAUCUUGAAGGUGGUAGGAAUGGAGUCGGGGUUCAUGGAGGGAAUCCAGGAGCUGCGGACAUUUAAAUGGCUGAAAUCUGACUGGGGUCUUGGCCCUUCAAGUCUGAGCCCAUAAUAUAAGAUCAUGUCAAUUACUGGGUGUACUGCUAGGUGGGAAGGUGAGGGUAGACUAUGUGAUACCUGAAUUUGCUACAAAUGAGGAGAUGCAAAGAUUAGGACCAUUUGUGACAAGCACGUUGAAACAUACGGUGGAAUGCGCCACUUUGUGUCCACGACCAACACAGUCCGAGGCAGCCCGUAAGCGUCGCCACACUCCUGGCGCCAACGUCGUUUGCCCACAACUUACUGACCCUGUAGUUCUUUGGAAUGUGGGAGGGAACUGGAGCACCCGGAGGAAACCCAUGCGUCCACGUGAGAACGUACGAACUCUUCGCAGACAGCGGUGGGAAUCGAACCGGGGCCACUGGGGUGUGUCAAGCGCAACACUACCUGCUCCGCCGUCCUGCAUUGCAGAAACCCAUCUCCUCAUCCAAACCCUGAACAUUGGCUCCCUUUCACGUGCUAAAUCUACCCUCCUCGCCUUUAAUCUACUUGCUGACGGAGACUCCACGGUGCUCCAAAGCAGAGAACUGUAACCUUCUCAGUCUAGAGGCAUCGGCUAAUUCUCACCAUUUAUCUUGCCAGACCGCACCCGCCCCACCCUCCCCAGGUCACUGCCCAUGCUUGUAAAAUUCCUGGAGUAUCAACCUCUCUCUCCUUAUAAACACCCUCCUCAAUUCAGCCUGGUUUGCAGCGGUUCCAAGGCGGAUGUGUCUGUCGUUAGGUAGACAACUUGAAACUCCCGCUGUGCGCCUACUGGACUCCAAUUCCAACCGGCUCCGUUAUGUACUUCGACCUGUUAGCAAUAAAGCCCGAUUGGCUUUCUAAAGUUGCUUGCUGGAUCUGCACGGUCGUGUUCCGUGUUUCACUAAAUCGCACACCAAGAUCCCCUGCACCCGAUAUUUACCCGUUUUUAGCUGCUUCGCAAGCGAGAGAACAAACACCUCCUACUCCACUCGACUGCCUCUUUGCCACCGCUCAUGGGUCACUUCACUGCCUCGCCUUGGAACUGCCAGAAACUUUCAGAAUGUGACAAGUUUGUUGUUUUAGGAAAUAAAUCUCAAUAUUUCCUAUCAAAGUGUUUCAGAAAUAAGGUACAGUUUAUUUAGGAACACAUGAAAAAGUACAGAUUUAUUUAUACAUUUGCUUACAGUAAACAUUUACAAUAUAUAUAAUUACAAAUGGAAUGAUAUGUCAGGCAAAUAUCUUGUUUAAAUAUGUACAAAUUAAAGUGACAAAUAUUUUCAUUCUCUUUUGGAAGCUGCACACAGUCACUACAAACAAUGUAUUUUUUUCCAGUAUUAUUAAUAUAAACUCCGGCUCACUUCACGUGUUCCGAACAAUGUACAAGGGGCUGGUGCUGCAUAAAUCAGUGCUGACACCAGGGGGCAGCCAACACCGGAAAACUUUUAAUACCAACGUUCAGGUGAGUUGGGAACGGGAACAGCACACUGACCGGAGUCCAGCGUCCCAACUGAGAAUUUAAUAAUAAAUCAUGGAACCCAGGUCUUAAUUGCAGUGUUGCUCAGAAAGCAGUAAGACCUUGAUCCUUUUUUUAAAUAAUACCGUUUCAGCUUAUAUUCAUUUUGACUGAAACAUUUGUAAACGCAUUGCAAUGUAAGUUCCACUAUGUGUGUGUGUGUGUGGGGGGGGGGGGACAUUCACAAGAUUUAAUUAUGAGAAUAUUUUAUUGAAACGGUCAUUUAUCCUAAUUGGGGAUUUCACAGCAAAAUCAACUGUAUCUUUUUUUAAAAGUUCAAUGGACUAUGACUGGACUUUGCGGUGCCGUUCGAUUCUUGUAGAAAAACUAUUUGUGCUACUUUAGGGAUAUAUAGUGAGUUGGUCAGAACACAGUGUUUCUCGUGGGUUAGCUGGGCUUGGAUUGUGUUAGUAGCUGCCGGAAUGAUGACUGGCUUUGAUCUUUUGUUCAGACAAGGCGGGGGAAAUUCCCACACCUGACCCUGGGCGGCGGUGAAUGUGUACGGAUGCACAAGGGUCUGGGGGUGCACCGGUUAUGUCCCUGAAUCCUUGCAAACUGAGUCAGCAAUCAGUGCUGAUGCCGGGCGAUGCGAGGAAAACGUGUUUGUGGGGGGUGGGGAGGAUGGAACCGAUUGAAGUAGCAAUUCGUUUGCAGAGGCGUUAGUUCUGAAAGGCUGGCACAAAAUGGUGUUAGAUUGGAAUGAGAGGGCCU